AGACAGUGGGGCUACGGGACAGCAGCUUCUCAGCGUAUUGUUUCAUGUUUGGACUUUGGCGUAUUCCGUUUUUCGAUUGGUCGUGAGUCGUGACUCGUGUUGUUAUCAUACGAACAGUUAGUACUGUUGUGACCAGUGAUAAUAAAUUGGGAAUCAAGUGCUGACUAUUACUUUGGAAUAAUUUAUAAACCUUAUUAUUUUAAAAAUAAGCAUAAAUAAUGUUAAUGUUAAAAAAAUGGAAUUUCUAGUUUUUACAUAGUUGAUUAAUGCAGAUUCAAUGUUAGUGUUGGUGCUUUUUAUUUCGAUGCCCUCGAACGUUUUAGUUGCAUGAAUUGAAGUAAGCAAGGACAGCGUUUUGAUAAUAAAUUUUUUCGAUAUGGCUGCUCCAGGCGCUGCAAAUACAAGACUAAAUAUCUAUACUGCUACACCAACACAAGUUAGCAUGCCGAGUCCAGAUUUUGGUUUGUCCCCUACAUUUGAUAUGGCUAGUACCAGUUGCGGAGAUUCUUCGUCUGAUGCACACUCGCCGGAUUUACCGAAGGCUAAAGCGAGUGAUAGAGAAUGCCGUAUUAUCGCAGAAAAACACCGUAGAAGUCAAUUCAAUUCAGAAAUUGCACAAAUGAUGACCCUUCUUUCUGAUAUUGUGCACUCCCAGAGAAAGGUCGACAAAACUAGUGUUCUAAGAUUAGCCGCUAACAAACUUCGCAACGAACAUGUAUUUGGUGAUACUAUAAAAUGUUGUCAUUUAGAAACUUGGUCAAAUGCAAUCAUGAAAUUUUUUGACAUUAUUGGAGGAUUUAUGAUCGCAGUGACAUGUCGAGGUCGCAUUUUUAACGUGUCGCCAAAUGUUCAAGAAAAAUUAGGUUAUUGUCAUGUUGAUCUGCUUGGUCAAGAUAUUUACAAUUACGUUCACAAUGAAGAUAAAGAAAUUUUACGAAAACAUAUUUAUCCAACUGAAUUACAGACUGGGUGUGAUUCAAAAAUGUUUGAGCAACACCAUAAUUUCUGUGUAAGACUACUGCGUGCUGGUGCAAGAGCUGAUCCACCCAAAUAUGAACGCUGUCGUAUUGAUGGUAUGCUACGCAAGUCAGAUAAAGCUACGUCUAAUGGAGUUGAAGAUGAAAAAACAAUAAGAAGGCAAAGAGUCCGACAUCAGAGAACAUUCUCAUCAAGUGGAAAUGAUUUUGUUUUUAUUGGUAUGGUUCAUCCUAUAACAAACCCAUUGCCAGUAAAGAUUUUACCACCAACAGCUUAUUCAGAGUACUGGACCAGGCACCUUGUUGAUGGUAGAAUUGUCCAAUGUGAUCAAAGCAUUUCACUGGCAGCUGGAUAUAUGACGGAAGAAGUUACAGGAACCUCUGCUUUUGUAUUUAUGCAUAAAGAAGAUGUUCGCUGGGUUAUUUGUGUGUUGCGUCAAAUGUAUGAUGAAAGCAAGGAAUUUGGUGAGUCUUACUAUAGAUUAAUGUCUAGGUCAGGUCAUUUCAUCUAUAUGCGAACACGAGGUUUCCUUGAAAUAGACAAAGCUACUAAAAAAGUUCAAAGCUUUGUAUGUGUAAAUAGUGUUAUAGGAGAAGAAUAUGGUUGUAAAAUGAUGGAAGAGAUGAAACGAAAAUAUUCAGUAAUGGUAGAUGUUGAUAGUAACCAAAGUGACAGGGCAAUCACGCAAGAUGAAGCACCAGUAGAGCAUCCUAAACAUUUAGAGCAAAUUGUUAUGCAUUUGGUUGAACCGGCUGCUAGUGAUAAUUUUGAUGAGUUAAAAUUGGUAGCACCUUCUAAAGAGAAUAUUAUUUCUGCUAUUAAAAAUAGUGAAAGGGUUGUUCAUGAAACUGGUGUUAGGUUUGAUACAAGGAAAAGAAAAAAUUCUGAUUGUGAAGAUAGCAAAGAACACUUAAAAAAGCAAAUUUGCUAAUCAGAUAAUUGAACAAAAGAAAUGUCAUUUAAUUUGUGUUCUUUUGACCAUUGACAUUUAAGUCGGGUUAAAUAUUUGUUAUAAAUGUGAUACAAGUAUUUAUAAAUAAGAAAUUCUACCAAGUGUGUCCAUCCAAAAAAGCUAUGCCUGUAAACUAUUUUCAGAAUUAAAACAAAACAAAAAUGUUUUACAUGCAAAAGUAAAUACUUUUCUCCCUGGGCAGUAUAUUUAAGAGGUGCAUUGAUAAAUUACUUUUUAUUUGCUAAAAAAUUAUCUUUGUGCCAAAUAUAAUAUUUAGAUCUAAAUGAUAAAAAAAACUAAUGUAUUGAGCUAUAUGAACAGUAACUUGCCAUUUUUUCAAUAGAAUUUAAAUAUUUUUUUUCUAUUGACACUCUGUAGUGGUUUAAAAGAAGUGUUUUAGAAUUGGUAAAUAAGAGAAACAGGGGCGAAUUUAAAAUGGCAGGGUUAUCUAAGAAAAGCCUGUUAUCAAGUGACAAUACUUGUUUUUGCCAAACAAGUUGUGUGAAAAAAUCAGGGUAAAUAAUGGUAAAGGUAGGUGAAAUGAUAAAAAAUAAUUCAAGUAAGUGCCAUGGAAAAUGUUUGGACAAUUUUUGUUUUCUAAGUCUUUUAA